GUCGUUGUGGUCAAAUGGGUGGAAUUUUGAGGUGCCUCGCCCUCCAGAUAGUGGUUCUGAUUGCCGGAGCCCAUGGAGCCAACAUUCUGGGUCUGUUCACCAGCCUGAGUCCGUCGCACUUGGUCAUCCAGAUGUCGAUGGCCCGGAUUCUAGCCGAGAGGGGGCACAACGUGACUGUAGUGACGGUCCUAAAACCACCGUCUUUACACAAGGAUAUCAACCACAUUCUGGUGCCAAUGGAAGAGGAUAUCCUGCAGGCAUUCGGUUCUCUGGUCGGUGGAAUGACAAAGACGGACAAUAGCAAUGCAUAUACGUCCAUGUUUCGAUCGGUCAGACAGUUGUCCGAGACGUUCUCCAGGAUGGGUGAUGUGAUGAAGCAGCCGUUGGUUAGAGAUCUCUACGAGCACCCGGACAACAAGUUCGAUUUGGUCAUGGUGGGCUACUUUAUGAACAGUUAUCAACUGGCCCUGGCCCACAAACUGAAGGUUCCGCUGGUGUUGGCCCUUUCAAACCCGCCAUCGUUUUUGGGAUACUUUUUGGGCAACCCCUGGGAAGUCUCAUAUGUGCCUGCCAUGAAUAUGGCCAUUGAAAGUGGCAAACCCCUGGGCAUUGGACACCGUAUGCUCAACCUGCUGGGAAACUUGGCACAGCGGCUGUUCAUGUUCAUAAUUGAGUUUCGGAAUGCCAGGAUCUACAGAGAUAUCUAUGGCGACGAUCCCACUCUGCCCAGCUAUGAGGACUUGAACAAAAACAUAUCGCUCAUCUUCUUUGCCUCGCAUGGGAUUAGCGAAGGGCCCAUUCGUCCCAAUGUGCCAGCUGUGAUCGAGAUCGGAGGAAUACAAGUCAAGGACCAACCCGAUAAGCUGCCACAAAACUUGGAACAAUUCCUGAGCGAAGCUCCACACGGAGCUAUUCUACUCAGCCUGGGAUCCAACCUAAAGAAGGACCAUUUGAAGUCAUACACAGUGCAGAAAAUGUUUAAUGUGCUCUCGAAGCUGCAGCAGAAGGUGAUCUGGAAGUGGGACGACCUGGAUAACUUACCGGGAGAGUCGGAUAACAUACUCUACUCCAAGUGGGUGCCGCAGGACGAUGUCCUGGCACAUCCGAACAUAACGCUGUUCAUCAACCACGCGGGAAAGGGCGGCCUAACGGAGGCCCAGUAUCAUGGCAAACCCAUGCUGGCCCUACCAGUUUUCGGUGACCAGCCCUCCAAUGCGGAUGUUAUGGUGAUGCAGGGCUUUGGAAUCAAGCAAAGCAUCCUCACCCUGGAGGAGGACAGCUUCCUGCAGGGCAUUCGAGAGGUACUCGAUAAUCCCAAGUAUGCCACUGCCGUCAAGUCGUUCUCCACUCUCUACCGGGAUCGUCCAUUGAGUGCUCGGGAGACCCUGAUCUACUGGGUGGAGUACGUGAUCCGCCACCACGGAGCUCCGCACAUCCAGAGUCCGGUGGUGCACAUGAGCUACAUAGCAGCCAAUAACCUGGACGUCUAUGCUGUGAUCCUCGGAACGAUUGUUGCUCUCUGCUUUAUUACUAAAUUAGUGUUAAGUUUAAUUGUUAGAAAAAUUAGGAACAAUUCUACAAAGGCAAAAGUUAAUCAGAAUCAUAAGCUCAAGAAGAAAUAGAGCUAGUACUGCAAACUAUUUAUAACAAAAAGUUGCCCACCUCCAGCCAAAUAGUUACUAAUAGAGCAAGAUUAUAAAUAUUUAUAUUAAAUUCAAA